GACAGCAGCCAGCGCUCCCUCCGCUCGGCUACGCUCCCUCUGUGGGCGGUGUUUCAAACAAGCGGAUUCGGGAGGAACGUGGGAGCUGUCAUUGCUGUAAGACACAUUUGCGGGGACCAACAUCACCGUUGACUGCAAUUACAAGUGCUGGGAUUUCUGUUUGUUUAAACGAUCACUUCUUGAUAGGUGCCUUCAUAACAUGCUGCUCCAUACAUGAUCAAAUGUAUCUUGUUCAUAUUCGCCAGAUCUGAAGGGGGAAAAGACACGAGCUGAUCAUGAAGUGGGAUAUUUUACUCUUCUCUAGUGUUAUACAGAAAAAUACCGGAUGCAUCAACUGAAUGAAGGUGUUUGCCGUUGGAUUAACGAGGGACAUUGUUUUUCAUACUUAUUCACCGUGCGCGAGCGCUGAUUUGUUGCCGUUUUUUCGGGAAACAAAGAUGUUUUUGUGAAGUCACAUCGUGUCGUUCUCUCAGCCUAGUACCUCAAUCGCAAAAAUGCUGUGGUGCUGAUGAGAGACUGCUCGUCUGUGACAGUUUUUCCACAGCCCAGAAUGAGAAACAAACAGCUCUCCGCGUAAGCGAUGGAAACACUGUGAGGCUUCUUGCUGAACUUGAGAAGCAGCAACAGCGACUGCAACAGUCUCGACACCCCAGAAAUCAACACAUGAUAAUGGUAUGGGCUUCUGAAGUCGAUUGGAGCAUGGAGUCCGCGCACCAGGCAGGCUAGGAGAUUUUUACAUUUUUGCGAGACGCGCUAAGAACCCUGUUUUAACCCCCCAUCCUGAAAUGAGGCAAAAUGUUGAUGUGUGACAGAGGAGUCCAAAUGCUCAUCACCACAGUGGGCGCUUUCGCCGCGUUCAGUCUGAUGACUAUCGCUGUGGGAACGGACUACUGGCUGUACUCUCGAGGAGUGUGCCGGGUCAAAAGUAAUAACGAGAACGAGACGAGCAGGAAGAACGAGGAAGUCAUGACCCAUUCAGGGCUGUGGAGAACCUGCUGUCUAGAAGGAACGUUUCGAGGCGUCUGUAAGAAGAUUGACCACUUUCCGGAGGAUGCAGAUUAUGAGCAGGAUGCAGCUGAGUAUUUACUACGAGCAGUGAGAGCGUCCAGCAUCUUCCCCAUCAUGAGCGUUGGGCUCCUGUUCAUGGGAGGUUUGUGUGUGGCCGCUAGCGAGUUUUACAGGAGCAGACACAAUGUCAUCCUCAGUGCCGGAAUCUUCUUUGUCUCUGCUGGCCUAAGUAACAUCAUCGGUAUUAUCGUGUAUAUAUCCGCCAAUUCGGGCGACCCCGGGCAGAGUGACUCCAAGAAGAGCUACUCAUACGGAUGGUCUUUCUACUUCGGCGCCCUGUCCUUCAUAAUGGCCGAGAUGGUGGGUGUGCUCGCCGUGCACAUGUUCAUCGAAAAACACCGAAAGCUGCGCGCCAAGUCUCGCACUGAGCUGAUCAAGAAGUCGGCGUUCAGUCGCAUCCCCAGCUACCGCUACCGAUUCCGCCGGCGCUCCAGUUGCCGCUCCAGCGAACCUGCCUCUCGUGACGCUUCACCCAUGGGAAAAAGCGGCUACACAGGCCCCGCCGCCGCAGACAUCUCCAUGUACACCCUAUCCAGGGAUCCCUCCAAGGCGGCGAUGGGUGCCUUGCUCAACUCCGAGAGGGAGUUUUUGCAGGCGCACAACUCCAACGCUAAGGACUUCAAAGAUGCGGCCAACAGGAGGACCACUCCAGUCUGAAAGAGAGUAUAAGCACAGAGAAAGUGCCAAGACCACAGACUUGAGCUGGAAGAAGAAUUCACUCGAGGCCUGCAGGGCUAUAACCCUCUUUCUAUAACAGUAUAUAUAAGUAUAGAUGGUAAUUGUUAGAUCAUUGGUGCUUCCUUUUAAUCCUCAUUUUUCAGUCACUGUUUUUUCUGUCGUUCCACUUGACUCACACACACACACACAGAUCCCUCCCCCUAAGGGCUACUGGAGUAGAAUGCUAGUCCUCUCCUCAGUGUCCAGUGGAGAUCCUCAAGGUAGCCCAGCGAAACUGUGAUGAAGCCCUCUGAGGGGGAGGAUUGUAACGCAUCUGACAGACGAACCGAAAGGCUGUCCCAAUACUCGCCUUAUGCACAGCUCAGUAGCCCAUAGCUGGUGAGUGGCGCCUCACGCUCACAAGAUUGUAUACAUUGUUGGUUUUUCUCCCCGGGUUGGAAACUUGUGCCACCUUCUCAUGCUGGUCACCCCACUCAUCCCACCUACACGCUGCCCACUUGGCCGGGCCUUGCAUGCCAUUCACACAGAUCCUUUCUUUUUUAUGUUUACUCCCAUUGUUUCCAUUGCAAACAGCCCCAGAUUCCCCUGCAUAAAGUUUUAUAACAGGGUUAAAUUGCUUGUUAUUAAAAUGAUCUUUUAGCCCACCAAAGUUUUUUGGUAUUACAUUUGUUUCGUUUUAAAUAUACUGAGAGAAAGGGUUUUUUUG